AUGAACGGUGGUUCCGGCACGCUGCGGUCCAUCGACGAGGAGAUCAAGAAGAAAAAGUGGCCAACCGAUCGGGCUUACUUCCUGGCGAAGGAGCUGCUGAUGACGGAGCGGACCUACAAGAAGGACCUGGACGUCCUCAAUACGUGGUUCCGCGAGGAGCUGACCCCCGAGGACGUGGAGAACCUGCAGCCGCUGUUCCAGUACUUUGACUCGAUGCUCGAACAUCACAGCGUGUUUCUGCGCGACCUCGAGCACCGGAUCCUGCUGUGGGAGGGCCGCGGCGGGCACGAGACGCACCGCAUCGGGGACGUCAUGUUGAAGAAUAUGGUCGUGCUGCCGAUCUACGACGAGUACGUCGAGUGCCACCGGGAGAUCCUGCAGCGGUUGAACGACCUGUACGAGAACGACGAGCGCUUCCAGCAGGCCUAUCGGGACUUUGAGCAGCAAAAGGUGUGCUACCUGCCGAUCUGCUACUUCGUCGUGAAACCCCUGCACCGUUUGCUGCACUAUCAGCUGCUGCUGGAACUGCUGCUCGAGCAUUACGGCGAGGACCACUUCGACCGGACGGAUUGCCACGGCACGUUGAUGAUGCUCCUCCGAACGACGCAGGUCGUCCGGCAGGAACUGGCCGCCUCCGAGAAUUACACCCUGCUGUGCGAGGUCCAGCGCGACCUGGUCGGAUUCGACACGCUCGUCCAAACCGACCGGAAGCUCGUCCGGCAGGGUUGCCUCCUUAAACAUUCCAAGCGUGGCCUCCAGCAGCGGAUGUUCUUCCUCUUUUCGGACAUUCUGCUGUACGCGUUCAAGUCGCCGGUCACGCAAACCUUCAAGGUGCUUGGCCACGUGCCGGUGCGGUCGCUGCUCACCGAGAAUGCCGAGCACAACGCGUUUGUGAUAUUCGGUGGCCAGCGGGCCAUCACCGUCAGUGCGGGUACGACCGCCGAGAAGAAGUUGUGGCUGGACGAACUGACGAAGGCGGCGGCCAGCGUCAAGCACAAGCCCCAAACGCAGCUGCCGCUGGUGUCGGUCAAGUAUUGCACAUCCUCCGAGGAAAACCUGGAGACGUGCGGCCUGAACAACAGCUCGAUCAUCAGUCCACCGGCGCGGGCACCGUCCUCGCGGAACAACACGGCGCUGCACGUGUGCUGGCACCGGGGCGUCACCAUCUGUCUGGACGACCACCUACGGUCGGGGAAGAACCAAAUCUCCGGCUAUUUGCUGCGCAAGUUCAAAAACAGCUCCGGCUGGCAGAAGCUGUGGGUGGUGCUUACGUCGUUCUGCUUGUACUUUUACAAGAGCUACUCGGACGACGCCGCCCUGGCCAGCCUGCCGCUGCUGGGGUACUCGGUCGGACCGCCCGGCAUCCAGGACGCCGUCCAGAAGGAGUUUGUCUUCAAGCUGUCCUUCAAAAAUCACACGUAUUUCUUCCGGGCGGAAAGCGAACACACCUACCAGCGAUGGCUGGAGGUGCUCCAGAGUGCCACCCAGAUGCAGGAUCUGAAGCUGACCUCCGGCAACAAUCAUCACACUAGCAAUAGUCACAACAACAACAUCAACAGCAAUGCCUCAACAUCAGCCCAGGAGUAG